AUGGCACCGAAAAGAAGAAAACAAACUUCGUCGUCUGAUGAAAAAGUGUUUGCUGUUAUACGCGAUCGCAAAACCUCGAAGUCUCAGGUGAUUCCAGUUGAUCGGUUAUCAUACUCGAAAAAAGAUAAUUUGAAAAUUGGCACAUCGGUUGCUUUCAAAGGUACAGAUGGUGCAUCCAGACGAUGUCAAGGGAUAGUAGUAGCAAAAGGUACCAAACAACAAUGUGAUCAAAGUCUUUCAAUCAUAGAAAAGUCGAACAGCGUCGACACGAAGGAUUCUAGCGAUUCAGACAAUUUACAAAUUGAUGAACGCGCUGUAGUCAGCGAUAGUGAUGGGGAAAAUGUCGAUCAUUCGGACGAUGACAAUGAAACUGCAAUGCCCUUGUCCAUUUCGAAGGAAUCCAGUUCGGUUAUAAGCAAGGAUAAAAAUCCAACGAUAUCAUCGGCAACAUCCACAAGUAACAGUGCUUCGAUAACUUUACCUGCUGAUAUUGAACCAUCAACUGAUGUCGCGUUGAGAGAUAUAUCGAACGACACCAAUGUCAACAGUAAACGAAAGGAACUGACGAAAGAAUCGACACCUAUCAACAAUAAGAAACAGAAACGUUCCGCUGUAAUAUCUCACUCGGACUUUGAAAGAGCACUACGUGAAAACGCACAGCUGAAGAAGGAACUGACCAUGUACAAAGAUAAUUGGAUGCCUCGUCCAAAGGGUGCGGCCAUGACAUAUUUCAUUGAUGUCGGAAAGGUACUAGCUGGUGCCUUCGACAACCAAGACGACGAAGAUAAAGGCGAAAAACUGGAAAACAUUUGUGCUGCAUUAGGUAUGAAUGAGAAGGAGUUGAAGUCAUGUGAGCAUGAAACCGACAUAACCAAGACAUGUCGACAAAUAAUCAAAUUUAUUUACCGUGACUCCAAAGAACGAGCAAGAACGCUUGUAUCAACGAUGAAUACAAAUAUAUUGCACUCUAUCCAAGAAUACGCGAAAAUGGCUCAUCCAGCUCUCUCAAAGAUAAACAAUUCAGUGCUUAAUAAUGCUAUUGGUAACGUCUUCGCAACCGAUAAACGCAGAUUUGAGCGGGAUGGAAUCCAGAUUUUCAUGGGCAACGACGUGAACGACGUUGAUGAAGACGAUGAAAACUUUUAA